AUGGACAGUGUGAAAGCUGGAAUCGCCGAGGCAAUUUCGAUCCUGGAGAAACUAGUGAAGCUUGGAAGAGUAAAAUCGCUUACGCGAACGUUGCACGCUUUGCUGCACACUGCCAUGAAGCACCAGAACGCUGAAGAAAUCUCUCGAGUCGAAGCCGUAGUCAAGACCUUCUUACCGUCCAGCCUCGAGCGGCUUAAAGGUUUUAUCCAACUCGAACUGGGUCGUAAAGCUGAGUUCGUCGAGUCGCUGAAGGGUAACCGUUUGGAUCCCUCUCACCUUCGUUUCAUACUCGAUUUGGCUGCCAAACUCAGAACGGUGGCGGUGCUGCAUUCAUUGCUCGAUCUUUCAAUCCUGCUGCAACUUCGAACUCAGGAGAGAGCCUCUGUCUACGAUGAGCUCAUCAUAAUAUACGGGAAACUAGGAGAUGCUGCACAGCUGGAGAAAAUUCUAGACCUUGUGUUUUCGGAGAAAGAAAAAGAGCAUUUUCGGGCGACAAUAGCUCGGUUAGCUCACUUUUAUAGGUGCCUUGGUCUGGAAACUCCAACAAAGCUCUUGAGCAGCUUAUGA